AUGGGCAACUGCUUCGGCAAGCCCAAAUCCGACAACUUCUCCGGCAGCGGCCAAACCCUCGCGAACGCCAACUCGACUCCCGCGCCCAAACCCGUCAUCGCUGCGCCAAACAAACCAGUAUCCGCUUCGUAUGCGCCUACACCCGCACAAGGUCGCGUAGUCGGCGGUUCCUCGCCUGCACCGAGUAGUAAUGAUCCUCGCGUUGCCGCCGCCAUGGCUGCAGAGGAACGUCUCAGAUCCUCCCAAAGCAAAAGCCAAAAAGGCAAAUUGGGCAAACAACUAGAUGCUCAAAAGUCACAGUCGCAUAAUAAAGUCUUGGAUGAGACGAGUAGAGAGACGAGGUUGGCCAGAGAUGCGGAUGCGAAUGUGGAGGUCAGGACGUGGAAUUGA